CUGAAAGGUGUUUUCAUCCUUCUCAUGACUGUCAUACGGAAACAUCAUCUGUGAGACAUAUCAAGGAUUCAAUGACAAGAAAAAGAUCAGAAUUCACCUCUUGAAUGAUAAUUCUUAGCUGUCAGAAUGGUUAUGUCUCAGCUGCGACUUCUUCUCUGGAAGAACUUCACAUACAGAAAACGUCAGAAGGUACGGCUUUUAGUUGAGUUGCUGUGGCCUUUGUUUCUCUUCAUUAUCUUGGUUUUGGUUAGAUUAACCAAUUUACCUGAACAGCGGGGUCAAUGUCACUAUAGGAAUAAAGCCAUGCCUUCAGCAGGUACGUUGCCAUGGAUACAGACCAUUGUGUGUAACAUAGACAACCCUUGCCUUAAUUAUCCAACCUCAGGGGAAUCACCAGGCCAAGUAAACAACUUUGAAAGAUCAAUGAUUACUACCGUGUUUCAAGAUCUGAAGAACGUGUUAUUGAAACCAGCCAACAUGAUUUUAUAUCAAAAUGUAUUCAAUAAUGUGAAGGACAUUUUUGGAAAUAUGGCUCGUCAAGCACAAUAUACAAAUACACCACCUUAUUUUACUAUAGAUGGAAAUCAGACAGACGGAUUAUUUACUAUAAGGGAUAUUUUGAAAACAAAUGAACAAUUUACUUUUCUCAUGCAAAACAUGUCCUUUUCAUUCUCUGACAUUGAAUCCAUAAUGGCUGCAUAUAUCAACCCACAACAGAUCAUAAAUACUCCGCAAUUUAUAGACAUCAAAGAUGCUUUAUGCAACAUAUCAGAGCUUCAGAAUUAUCUUACAUUUGCCACCCCUGAAGUUGCAGCUUCUAUUCUGAACACCACCUGUUCACUUCCAAAAGAACAACUGGCCAUGCUGGCUGAUGGUUAUCUGAAAAAUAUCAAUGUGACUAAAGUUAUAGAACUGGUCUUUUCACUUGGUGUCAAAAAUCAAACAGUUGAAAAUAUGAUAAGCAAUAUCAUGGUCCUUAUUAAACAGAUGAGUAACCUUCAGACUAUAAAUGUUAUGAAAUCCCUAAACACUUCAAGCACAAGAGCCAUGGACAAUUCAGUUGCUGGAGCCCUUAGUUAUAUUAAUAUGUUUUUGUGUGGAACGGAUCCAAGCGAAAUGCCUAACAGAAGUUCAUCAGCCAGCAGUUCAGACAAUUUUAUGGGAAUUGAUAUCCUAGAUGAUAAUUUCUGCAGCUCUCUUAUAUCUACUUUUGAGAAUACAACAUCUUUAAAGUUUUUAUGGAAUACGUUCAAACCUCUGCUUAUGGGGAAGAUACUCUAUACACCUGACAAUGCAGUAACAAAACAAAUUAUAACUGAGGCAAAUGACACGUUCAGAGAGAUUGACAUGAUAAAAGAAUUUGGACUCAGUUGGGAUGUAUAUGGACCAAUAAUAUGGCAAUUUCUACAAAACAGUUCAACAAUGAAUCAAAUAAGAGAUAUUUUCAAGAAUCCAGUUCUUGCUGCAAUGGCUGAUAAACAAAUGAUUCCUCUGGGAAUAAACACAAGUGAUAUUGUUAAUUUUCUCUACAAUGGUCCUCCUGACAUGAGGCCUGAAGGAAUUCCACCAUACGACUGGAGGGAUUACUACAAUUAUACUACAAGUGCAAUAAAGAUAAUGACAAAUUUGCUUGGGUGUCUUACAUUGGAUAAAUUUGAACCAGUUUCCACUGAGUGGGAUUUAGUAAACAAAUCAAUCAAUUUAACUCAAAAUAAAAAUUUCUGGGCAUCUAUUGUAUUCCUUGAUAUGGAUAGUAAAACAGUGGAUAUUCCAUCCCAUAUCAAAUACAAGAUCAGAAUGGAUAUAGAGGAGGUGGAGAGUACGCGGAAAACAAAAGAAAGGCUUUGGGCUCCUGGGGCAAGAGAUGAUUCUCAUGAUGAUAUGAGGUACUUAUGGGGAGGUUUUGCAUACAUCCAGGAUAUGAUAGAUCAUGGAAUUAUUCGAUUGCAGACAAACGAGAAAGAUUUAAUGGGAGUCUUUACACAACAAAUCCCAUACCCAUGCUAUGUGAAUGAUGUAUACAUGCGCUCCCUCUCUCGUUCGCUCCCACUGUUUAUGACCUUGGCCUGGAUUUAUUCAGUGGCUAUGAUUGUGAAAGGUAUAGUUUAUGAAAAAGAAGCCCGUCUUAAGGAAACAGUGAGGAUGAUGGGACUUGGAAGUGGCACUUACCGUUUUAGCUGGUUUAUCAGCAGUUUUAUUCCACUUGUCAUCAGUGCAUUUCUUCUCACAAUCACGCUCAAGUUCGGCAACAUUCUUCGUUACAGUGAUCCUUCAGUUUUCUUUGUCUUCAUGGUUAUAUUCUGUUUUGCUACCAUCAUGGAAUGUUUUUUCAUCAGUGUUUUCUUCUCCAAAGCAAACCUGGCAGCUGCCUGUGGGGGGAUUAUAUAUUUUGUGCUGUAUCUGCCACAUGUACUUCUCUUUGCCUGGCAGGAUUACCUCAAAUUCCCAAUUAAAAUUGUAGUGAGUCUUCUUUCAAGUGUUGCUUUUGGGUACGGAUGUGAGAAUUUUUCAAGAUAUGAAGAACAAGGAAAAGGAUUGCAAUGGAGUAAUAUCCGCACAAGUCCUGAAGACGGAGAACGUUACAGUUUCCUUGUUUCAAUGUUUAUGAUGUUGUUUGAUGGAUUUCUAUACUUGCUCUUAACUUGGUAUAUUGAGAAUAUUUUCCCAGGUCAAUAUGGGAUUCCAAAACCAUGGUACUUUCCGUUCACAGCUUCCUAUUGGUGUGGAGUGCAAGUCAAUAAUGAUUUUGGAACCAUUACAUCAGAGGCACAAAAAGACAGUAGUGCAUUUUCUGAAGCUGAACCCAACCACUUAAGGCAAGGAGUUUCAAUUAAAAAUCUAGUAAAAAUUUACAAAACCGGCAAAAAGACUGCAGUGGAUGGCCUUAAUGUGAAUUUCUAUGAAGGACAAAUUACAUCAUUCCUUGGUCACAAUGGUGCUGGAAAAACCACUACGAUGUCCAUUUUGACAGGUCUUUUUCCGCCUACAUUUGGGACUGCAUAUAUAUAUGGAAAGGAUAUUCGGACAGAGAUGGAUAGCAUAAGAAAAGACAUGGGAAUGUGUCCACAGCACAACGUACUAUUUGAUCAACUUACAGUAGAAGAGCACCUUUAUUUCUAUGCUCAAUUAAAAGGAUGUGACUCAAAGCAAGUGAAGGAGAUCAUGGAAACUAUGUUGGAAGAUGUUGGUUUGCCGCAUAAGAGAAAGGAACUGGUGAAAAACCUCUCAGGGGGGAUGCAAAGAAAACUUUCAAUAGCUAUUGCCUUUAUCGGAGGAUCAAAAGUUGUUAUCCUUGAUGAGCCCACAGCUGGUGUUGAUCCUUAUGCAAGAAGAGGAAUUUGGGAUUUACUGCUGAAAUUUAAGCAAGGCCGCACAAUUAUUCUCUCGACCCAUCAUAUGGAUGAAGCAGACAUUUUAGGAGACAGAAUAGCUAUUAUUUCCCAUGGAAAACUUUGCUGUUGCGGCUCUUCUAUGUUUUUGAAGAAAUGUUUUGGAAGUGGAUAUUUUCUCACGCUUGUCAAACAAAAUGGAUUGGAAACAAACAUAAUGCAGGAUCAGAGAAAUCUCCUUCUGCACAACAACAAUGAGGACAAAAAGAAUGGAGAUGAAUCGGAAAACAAAGAGAACACUAUGCAAGCAUUAAAGCCAAUAACUAGCCUAAUUCAGGAACAUGUUGCCCAAGCUCAAUUUUUACAAAGUAUUGGUCAAGAAAUCACGUAUAUCUUGCCAUACAAAGGGGCUGAAGAUGGUUCAUUUGCAAAACUUUUUGAAGCUUUGGACUCUCAACUUUCCAAACUGGAUAUUUCCAGCUAUGGGCUGUCAGAUACUACACUGGAAGAGAUAUUUUUAAAAGUGGCAGAAGAUACUGGUGUGGAUAAAGAAACAUCAACUGCACAAGAUGUUAUUAAAAAAGGUUGGAAACAAAAGCUGAAGAAAUUUAAAAGUACAAGUAUUUCCAGUGCAAAAAAUAAUCCCGAUUUAUUGAAGGCACAUGAUUACGAUUCUGGCAGCAUUUAUGACUUGAAUGGCAGAGGGUCAUUUACAGUCACUGGUUGGCAGUUAAUCUACAGACAGUUUCAUGCAUUGUUCUUGAAGAGAUUUCAUCAUGCCCGGAGAAGUCGAAAAGGAUUUAUUGCGCAGGUAAUUCUGCCCGCUGUUUUUGUCUGUUUAUCACUCAUAUUUUCCGUUAUUGUGCCUCCAUUUGUGGAAUACCCAUCGUUAGAACUGCAACCUUGGAUGUACGGUCCUCAACAUUCAUUUAUUAGCAAUGAUGAUCCUAGUAAUGUGCAAGUGUCACGUGUGAUAGAUUCAUUGACAGAGAAACCAGGGUUUGGGACACGAUGUAUGAAAGAUAAUCCUAUUCCAAAUCUGCCUUGUGCAACAAAUGGUACCAGUGAUUGGUAUUCUCCACCAGUAUCCCAGGCUGUCUCUGACAUAAUCAACAAUGGCAACUGGAGCAUGAGCAAUCCCUCUCCAUCUUGUGAAUGCAGCACUCCAGAAAAGACUUUGAUGUUGCCAGAGUGCCCUCUUGGAGCUGGUGGACUUCCUCCCCAAGAGAAACUUCACAACACCACUGACACUUUACAAGAUUUGACAGGAAGAAAUGUGACAGACUACUUAUUAAAAUCAUACAAGCAAUUCUACAAAACCAGGUAUGGUGGAAUAUCUGUAGGAGAAAUAAAUACACAGAAUCCAAUGAAUUCAACGGAAAUUUCAGACCUGUUUCAGCAGUUAAAGACCAUGUUCAAUUUAUAUGAGAGUAAUGCUACAGACCAGAUGCUUUCAAACACAGGAAGGUUUAUCAAGGAACUUGUUACUCAGAACAAUGUCAAGGUUUGGUUUUAUAAUCAAGGCUGGCAUGCUGUUGUUUCCUUUAUUAAUGUGGCUAAUAAUGCAAUUCUACGAGGCAAUUUACAAAGUGGAAAGGCUCUAGAGGAGUAUGGUAUAACUACAUAUAAUCAUCCACUAAAUCUGACUAAAGAACAGUUGUCUGGCGGAUCAUUUGCAUCCUCCAUAACUGAUAUGGUUAUAUCCAUUUGUGUGAUAUUUGCAAUGUCAUUUAUCCCAGCAAGCUUUGUCCUGUUUUUAAUCCAAGAAAGGGUUACCAAAGCCAAACAUCUACAACUGGCUAGUGGAGUUAAUCCUGUUAUCUACUGGAUUGCAAAUUAUGCCUGGGACAUGUGCAACUAUAUUGUGCCAUGUGUUAUCGUUGUGAUUCUUUUCUUAUGUUUCCAAGAAGAAGCAUAUGUUUCUGCACAAAACCUUCCUGUGCUCAUUCUUCUCCUCAUACUGUAUGGUUGGUCUGUUACACCUCUGAUGUAUCCAGCAAGUUUUUUCUUCAGUGUACCAAGCACAGCUUAUGUUGUAUUGACGUGUAUUAAUAUGUUUAUUGGCAUAAAUGGGAGUGUUGCUACUUUUGUAUUGGAAAUGUUUAAAGAUGAGAACCUCAAGAAUAUAAAUGAUAUUCUCAAAGAAGCCUUGUUAAUAUUUCCACAUUUCUGUCUUGGACGAGGUCUAAUGGAUUUGGCAAAGAACCAGGCUAUAGCAACGGCAUAUAAAAAAUUUGGUGAAGAUCGCUUUGAAAAUCCCUUUAACUGGAAUCUUGUAGGAAGAAAUCUUUUUGCAAUGUUUAUUGAAGGCACUGGCUUUUUUCUCUUUACAUUACUUCUUCAAUACAAUUUCUUCAUCAAGCCAAGAUCAGGAAAGCUCAUCACAGAACCUUUAUAUGAUGAAGAUGAAGAUGUUGCUAAUGAACGUUCUCGGAUUCUCAAUGGCGGAGGACAGACAGAUUUACUUAGAAUAUGUGACUUGUCUAAGGUCUACAGAGGAAAGAAGAAGCCUGCUGUUAAUAGAAUCUGUGUAGGAGUUCCUCCAGCUGAGUGUUUUGGUCUGCUGGGAAUAAAUGGAGCCGGAAAGACAACAACCUUCAAAAUGUUAACAGGGGACAUAUCAAUUACUAGUGGAAACGCAUUUGUAAAUGGAUACAGUAUCCUCCAGCAGAUGAGAGAAGCUCACCAGAAUAUGGGUUAUUGCCCCCAGUUUGAUGCAAUUGAUGAUCUUAUGAGUGGACAAGAGCAUUUGGAAUUUUAUGCCAGAUUACGUGGUGUUCCUGAAACAGAAGUUAAGAAGGUUGCGGAAUGGGGAAUCAGGAAGCUGGGAUUGUGCAAAUACGCAAUCAGAUCAGCAGGCACAUAUAGCGGUGGAAAUAAACGCAAACUCUCUACAGCCAUGGCCCUGAUUGGAUGUCCACCUAUCAUAUUUUUGGAUGAACCAACUACAGGAAUGGAUCCAAAAGCUCGGCGGUUUUUGUGGGAUUGUAUACUAAGCAUUAUCAAAGAAGGGAGAUCUAUUGUAUUAACAUCUCAUAGCAUGGAAGAAUGUGAAGCCUUGUGUACUAGAAUGGCCAUCAUGGUGAAUGGGAAUUUCAAAUGUCUUGGCAGCAUUCAGCACUUAAAAAACAGGUUUGGAGAUGGAUACACUGUGAUCAUACGAGUCGGGGGAGCAUCCCCUUUGCUGCAGCCAGUAGAAGAGUUUGUAAGAGUCAACUUUAUUGGUAGUGUCCUGAAGGAAAAACACCACAACACUCUGCAAUAUCAGCUACCUGCCAGUGCUGUUACUCUCUCUAAAGUCUUUAGGGCUUUUACUGAGAACAAAAAGACACUGAAUAUCGAAGACUAUUCAGUUUCACAGACAACACUGGAUCAGGUGUUUGUGAAUUUUGCAAAGCAUCAAUCUGAAGAUGAACAAAUGAGCCACGUAUACAUAAACCCUCUUGCAACUGAAGAUUCUACAAAGAACAUAACUAUACCAUAACUUAAAUAUUCACCAACAAUGGAGUCAUCUCUUGGAAUAUAAUGUUACUGUAUUUUUUUCUUCAUUCAGAGCUAAAGUUACUGUAUUUUUCUUAGAUAAUAAUAGUCUUUUUCUUUAUUUAGGGGGUGGUGUUUUUACAUUUUCAUUUUAUUAUAAAAUGCUAUUGUUUCCUUUUUGGGGGGAUUUCCUUAAAGGCAUAUGAAACCCAACAUUUUUAUUUUGUGAUUCAUACACAGCAUGUUACUUUAAGCAAGUUUCCAACUUCUAUUAAUGUAAUUUGCUUAGUUCUCUUGGUAACCAUUGUUGAAAAGAAUACCUGGAAAGCCUCCAAAUCAGCAAUGCAUUAAUGGGAGCUAGCCGUUGAUUGGUGGCUACAUAUAAACUCAUUGUCAUUGGUUCUUCAAAUAUGUUCCAAUAGCUUCCAGUAGUGCAUUACAAAGGAUACCAAGAGAAUGAAUCAAAUAUAAGUAAAUUGGAUAUAAGUAAAUUAAGUUGCUUACAAUCACAUGAUCUAUCUAAAUAAUAAAAGAAAAAAAAUGGGUUUCAUGUCCCUUUAAUAUUAUGCACAACAAACACAUUUUUACUGAUAUCUGGUUUACAAAACAAAUUUAAAGACAACAUAACAUUAUAUUUUAAAGUCAUCAUAAAAAUCCAAAUUCACGGUAACCAAUGGAAAAAUCUUUCAGUGGACAAUGAUAGAUCAAAUCUACUUAAAUAAAAGACACUUGACUCUGUCAGUGUCACCAAAUAUGUCAAGCUGUUUCUAGGUAUCAGUUCUGCAAUGAUUACACUUUACUUCUUCAGUGCUAUGAUUACUUGAUAAACAUAUAAAACAGUAGAAUAAUAUCUUUUAUUAUUUAGAAUUUAAAUGGUUCAUUUUUAAUAUUAUACUGUAUAAUUAACUCAAAACAGAAGGUAUAUGUUUCUUUAAUGUUGUAGUAUCAUUAUCAUUGUUUGAAAGUUAAUAUUUAGUUAUCAGAAAUACCUCACAAUUUUAUAUUUAGACUGCUAUUUAUUUAUAAUGUAUAAAGAUCAGGCCUAUAAUCUUAUAGAAUACUUAUUGGAAUAAUGAACAAUACCAUGUGUGUCACAAUACUAGAUUUCAGAUAUUUUUAGGUAAUUUUAUUCUGUUUUAAAAUUGUUUACUCAAAGACUAUGCAAAAAUUGAUACAUAUAUAAAAUUCUAUUUUAUAUCAGAUAAUGUAUUGCUUAUGAUGGAAAUAAAAAUUAUAUUCUACCUCUUA